CUUCCUCACAAAUAUUCCUAAAUCGGAUUGAGGCGCAUGCGCAGUGCGUGUCACCUCCGGCCGUUUGAAACUAUGGCGGCAGACAGUUUAUCCAUAACAGAGCAGUGGAUACGAGAAAAGCUCAGCCUUCAGCACAGCUGCUUGGCAGAUGUUCGCUCACUGAGCCUCCCCGGGUCAUAUGAGACGGGGAAGAUAUGCCAUUUGGGGAUUUCUCUGAAGAAUUUUAUCCGUUUGAAGAGUUUGGAUCUCUCUCAUAACGCGCUGGAGUCCGUCCAGGGGAUUGUGCACUUAAAGCUGCUUGAGAAACUGAACUUGUACUACAACAGAUUGUGGUCUCUUGAAGACGUCCUGGCCUUACGCAGGCUUCAGAAUCUGGAGGAGCUGGACCUGAGGCUGAAUCCUGUUGUGCAGAAACAGCCAUACUACCGUCUAUACUUGGUCCACACCAUCUCCAAGCUUCGGAAGCUUGAUGACUUUCCUGUACGAGACAGAGAGAGAAAAGCAGCUCUAAUGCACUUUUCUGUUGAGUCAGCAGUCAAACCUAGUCAGAAGUCUCAGGUUUUCACAAAGGAGAAGGAAAACAGAAGCAGUGAUCACAGGAUUGCCUCUGUGAACAAGAUGAUGAUGAGAAAGCUUUCUCUUCGAGAAGGUAACGAGGAAACUGUUCUAAAUCACAAAUUCAGUGAGGACAGGAACACAGAGGUGCAAGAAGAUUCCCCUUUGGCUGAAGAGAAAACUAGACGAGAGUCCACUCACUCUCCAGAAAAUCCCUCUGAAAUUAUACAUUUAAUUAAUAGCACCGAUUCUGAUGUGUCAUCUUCCCAAGAUCAGGAGUCUGAGCCAAGUCUUGGGAAAUCUCAUGGUAAAAAUGAGACUUGUGUCCGGCACGGUGUCCAGCGAAGGUCCUCUCUGAAGUCAAAUGAUGCACCCAGAGUCACUUUCUUCGAUGCAUCUGUAACAAGACACUGUCCUGAACGUCUGUGGCAAAAACCAGCAAAGAGCCGCAUACACAGCAGAAUACAGGCUGAGAGCAACUUCACGCCACAUCCCAGCUACAAAAGCCCAGUUUUAAAAGGAGAGGAUAAGAAAGCUGAAGUGGCAAAACAUUCCUCUGAGAGUGGACGGAACCCAGUGCUGCACCCUCCAAGGCUAACCUACAGAAAGACUGAAAAGGAAGGAGAUCCACAGAGACCCUUGCUUAAACCUGAGAGAGCAAACAAGCUACACAAAGUGGAUUCAUUAGAGGUGCAGGGAGCCUAUAAGAAACCGAUGGAGCUGCUCCUGAGUUUGGUGGAUGAGUACUGGGCUGGGAAGAAGAAGAACUACAACACUAAACACUUCUUCAUGCAAGCUGUUCGUAUCCUCUGCAUGAUGGAGCAGGAAGUUGUGAGUGGAGAAGAGGAGAUGAAGGCUCUGAGAGAAAAGAUCCAAACCCUGAACACCCAGGCAGAACUGCAGAAGAGACAGCAUCAAUCAGAGAUACAGAGUCUCUCAGAGCAGCUACAGAGAGCAUAUGGCUCUGCCGAGCAGCUCGAUGAGCAGUUGAGGAGUGUUUUGGAGGAGAAUGUGUCCUUGCAGAAGCAGCUGAUCCGAUUGGAGCAGAAACUCCUCUCUGACCAGCUGAGAGAAAUGUCAAACACUGGAGACUAAGGUCAGUUCGUCAGUCGUAGCCAAUUAAAUGAAGAUCCAGCAAAGACAGCGCUCACCUCCCAGUAGCUCCCAUAGUGGACCCACAUUGCAACCAGGAGAACUUCAGAGAACCAUGGAUGUUGCCAUGGAGAAAAUGCACCCUUACAAAGAGCCCGAAGCUUUUUCCUCAGCUGUUUCAGCACAGCAGCACUCAAGCAACCCAGCCAAACACCGAAAUAAAACACACCGGUCCUUAGCUACCAGCAGCUGACUGAGCAGACUUUCACCUCCAAAACUAAACAUUGGCAUGAUCUCACUCACGGAUGGCUAAAGCUGCUUCGCUAUCAGCUCCUCCUGCUCCUCCUGAAUGCUGGCACUGCGACCACACUGGCUCAAAUCUGCAUUUAUUACUCCGCAGCUCAGCUCAAUAGACUAGAAGUGAGCUACAUAAGUACAGUCGAUGUACAAGCGGUUCCUCAAAACCCACUUGAAGACGUCCCUGUUCAAGAGCUUUGUGUUUUACGGCUCAUUGUAGUAAGAAACAAACCUUUAUUAAUUGCCAUCAAUAAUGCCAUUCAGGCAGGGGAACACUGUAGGUCCAUUGUGUAGAGACGUGCCAGUCUUGUCUGGGGCACUCCACACUACAGACGGCGACGUCGCCAGCUAUCACAAGGCAGAGGUCACUAGCUACGUUUGCAAGCACACAAUAGCUUGAUACGUUCCUAGUUAGUAAAAGAAACUGGACUGAAUCAAGAGGUUUGCGAGUUAAAUUUAUUCGAACGUUAAACGUCCCCUUCGUGAUGCACCUAGAUCAUAAAUCCAUAAUGGGUUUCCCUUCGUUCUCAAAAACACACAGAGGAGUGACGUAAGGAGGGUUUACACCAUUUUACAAUAAAGGGGUGCACUCAGUGCAUCAACUGUGCAAGUUUUGAGGUGAUUCCUUCCUAGAAACGAUUAAAUCGCCUUGAAACCAUCACAGUUUCCAGACUAAAGCAUCAGUAUGUAUCCUCAGUGAUUUCAGAACUGGAAAGUUCAGCUAGUCAGCUCCUCUCAUUGCUCUAGAUAGCACCUAGAACACUAUGUUAUUACAUCCAGAACCUCAUUAUAUUGCUGUGGUUUAAUCUGUUUGCCACCUGUAUAUCAGUAGUGUGAAACUCCACAACUCACCAAAAAACAAACUGAAUUAUUACACAAAAGUUCAGGCCGCAUUUAUAAGUUUCAGAAUAUCAUAAGAAGGAAUGGUUCAGCUCUUAAUGUACACGAUUCAAUAAAUCAUAAAUCUUUGUAAACACUGAUGCACAUUAAAGUCCCCCCUCCUUGGCUUUACACAGCGAAACUUGUUGUGGGUUGCCUGCAACAUAAUUUCUGUUCAACGUGUCAGUUUUGGUGUCUACUAGGUCUUCCUGGUGGUUGUUAAGAGACCAAUUUUCUCAAGCUUUUAAUCAGUUUUUAACUUUCAGUUAAUUUUACUUUGACUUUCUCCUUCCCUAUUCAAGUGGAUAAUCUUGUAUCUAAUCGGAAAUAUCUACGAAAAUUAAUAAUUUAAUCAGCCCCGGCUUUACACAGUGAAAGUUUCCUGCAGCUAGCCUCAUGUUGUGAGUUGCCAGCAACAAUUUCAGUUCAGCGUAACAGCUACACGAAGCGAUUCGAAAACAACUUUCAACCACCCAAAAAUAUGUUUUAUUUUCUUAUCGGUGAUUUUUAAAAAUGUCAUUGGAUAUUAAAAGUGUCUACUGAAGUUGCAUGAAUUUUUUGCAGUGUAACGCCAAUUUUACUUUCUCUUGACAUUACUUUUUAUAUUACUUUACGGGAUACAGGCAUAUGCAAAGGUUUGGGUGCCCUGGUCAAAUUUCAAGAUGUUGAUUUUCUAGGUGUAAACUCAUCGUAUACAGCAACACACUAUUCUGUACAUUUUAAUGCACAGUUACUGUUUAUUUGCUGAAUUUAACAUGAUAAAAA